AUAUCUUCCCCUCAUCCCCAACAAAACGUCACAUUGUGGAUGACUUCAUCUAAAGUGUUCGGCAUCACUCAAAACAAACACCAACAGCAACCCAAAUUUCCUCCUAAAAUUUGACCAAUACCAUAAACACUAGCAUCUGUCCAAACACACCACCACAAAACACCCAAACACAACAGCUCCUGUCCUCUACGACGGACCUGCCCACACACUGUAGCCAUUUCCAGCCGUUACCAACCCCAAAACAAAAAAACCCCAAUUAUCCUAAUCACCCACCCUUAAACUAUUACCCACCCAGAUCAAAUGGUCCACAGCCGCCCUGGUCCGCCACGUGUCGCACCCUCCUAAUCAUUUCCCACGUGGUGCCGGAAAACCAGAGAGAAGAGAAGAGAAGAAAAAAGCUCAAAAAGACUCCUCCUUUAUUCUUUUUCCCCCAAAUCAGAAAGCCCUAAAUUCGCUCUCUGUAAAUUUCCAAAUCAAAAACCCUAAGAUUUCGAACCCCAUUCGGUUAAUUGAGCUCGAAUCGAGCUCGCCCACGAUCCGAUUCGCUUAAUUUAUUUCCGUAAUUUCUGUAAAUUUCCGAGCUUUAUUUCAGUCAAAACAAGUCUUCGAUGGGGGCGGUGACGUCAUCCAUGGCGGCGAAGUUCGCGUUCUUCCCGCCGCACCCGCCGUCGUACGGGGUGGAGGAGGAGGAGGAGAGCGGGAAGCUGAGGAUGACGGGAGUGCCGGCGAGGGCGAACGUCGACGUUUUGAAGCUGCAGACGAAGAGGGGAAACGACGUCGUCGCGGUUUACUUUAAGAACCCGGCGGCGAAGCUCACCGUUCUGCACUCCCACGGUAACGCAGCUGAUCUGGGCCAGAUGUAUGAGCUCUUCAGCGAGCUCAGUCUUCACCUCAGAGUCAACUUAAUAGGGUAUGAUUAUUCUGGGUACGGACAAUCUACUGGGAAGCCAAGUGAGCAAAACACUUAUGCAGACAUAGAAGCCGUGUAUAGAUGUCUCGUGGAGAAGUACGGUGCAAAGGAGGAGGAUGUAAUUUUAUACGGGCAAUCAGUUGGCAGUGGGCCUACUCUAGAUCUGGCAACUCGCUUACCGAAAUUGAGGGCAGUGGUUCUUCACAGUCCGAUCAUGUCUGGCCUUCGAGUCAUGUAUCCGGUGAAGCGAUCGUACUGGUUUGACAUUUACAAGAACAUUGACAAAAUACCAUUGGUCAAAUGUCCUGUUUUGGUUAUCCAUGUUGUUUGGUCCUGUGUUCCUUCUUGCCUGCAGGGGACAGCUGAUGAUGUUGUGGAUUGGUCACAUGGCAAGCAACUGUGGGAACACUGUAAGGAGAAGUACGAGCCUUUGUGGAUAAAAGGAGGGAACCAUUGUGACUUGGAGCUCUACCCACAGUACAUCAAGCAUCUGAAGAAGUUUGUAUCGGCCAUUGAGAAGUUUCCACGUCUUAAAAAUGGAUCUGCACCAGUUCUUAAAAAUGGAUCUGCACUAGUUACGGAUCAACUAGAAAAGCCCCGAGGCAGCACCGACAUCAGGGAGAAACCUUGGUCCAACACAGAUCAUAAAGAGGUUUCCAGAACAAGUACUGACCAUAGAGAAAACCCUAGGGUAAGCACAGACUGCAGAGAGAAGUCAAGGGCCAGCACUGAUAAGAGAGAUAGAUCAAAAAAGAUUAUGGAUCAACCUGAAAAGCCAAGUAAUAGCGUGGAGCAGCCGGAGAAAGCGAGGAAUAGCAUUGACCGCUUUGGGGAGAUGUUCAGAUCAGUUGGCUUCUGCAAUAUUGAUUGUUUUAGGCCCACGGCGACCAGUGUAUGAGGGAGGAGAUUUGUUCACAGUUUGAAUCUGUAUUCUACCUGGCUUCUAUUUAUUUGAUUGGUUAAAAGGGUUUGUUUGAGUGAUAGGAGAAAUGGUCAUUGUUUCUCAUACUUAGAGAGAAAAUAGGAAAGCUAGUAGACCAAACAAGUAUGUAUCUCACUUAAUUUUCACUUCCAACUUAAUAAAUCUAACCCUCUCUCAAUCUGUA